UUGUUUAUCUGGACAUCUAAGACACACAUGGAGGAGAAGAGUGAAUCACCACAGAAUGAAACCGAAGAGCUAAAGGCUUCGGUUAAUGCAGUGGAGUUUCUUUACAGCAUUGCACCCCAGGAUCUGGACCAGUGUUUGUUCGCAGAUUCACUUGUGACUGUGUCAGAUUCGGGCCAGGAGCUGGGAGACUUCUCUGUGAGUGUCACCAAGGCGAGCUACAAUGAGGAGCUAUGUUAUCUGCUCCAUGCCAACAGUCAUGGAACGAUUGAUUAUAUUCCUUGUGGUACAUCCAUUAUAGCCUACAUAUCGAGAAAUCUUGAGAUACUGGAAGAGAAUCAUCAUGAAUAUGUAAAGUUAGAAAAUCAGACAGUGGAACGGAAAGUAAAUCUUGUUAAACAGGAUGAUCAGCUUGUGGUAAACCGAAUCAUCUCAGAGAAGGAGGGAGUGAAGACACAAACCCACACAUUUCCACUGAGCUCUCUAAAGGGUUUUGUGUCUGAAUCAUCCAACUUAAUGAUCCUGCGUAUACUUGCUCGGCAGAAGACUGUUCCAGAAAACAUUACGUUCCUGUCAUUUGAUGCCGAUACUGUGCUUUCUAAGUCAGUUUAUAGAGCACUUGGGUGCAAGAAGCAGAUGAUUGGGGAAGAGUUAGUCGAUAUCUUUGGGAUUGAAAGGACUGUCUCUUCUGCAAAGGACUCCUCAGGAACUUGGCAUUGCUAUUUCUUGCCUGAUGGGCAUCUAGCAAGCAGAGUGCAGUUGGGCUCACCUGCAAUUAUGAAGCUCCUGCAUUUGCCUUUCUUGCUUGAUGGAGUGGAGAAAGACCAGAUUCCUGUGUUUGAGAAGAAGCCACUCAUUUGGGAGGAAGACAUGGAGCUUUACUCAAAGUUUCUUGACAGAAAGGAGGAACUCAAAGCAGACUACUCCUCCUACGUCAGACAACACCCUGAGAUAAAGGCUUUACUGGCAGACUUUCUGCAGUUCCUGCUGUUGAGGAAACCUCAAGAUGUCUUCUCCUUUGCUCGUGACUUCUUUGCACCCUAUGCAUCUCAAAGUCCUCCAGGAAAGUCCCGUAAAGACUCACACAACUUUCCAUAGGAAUAACAAACAAUAGCCAAGUGUCUGAUGUAGCAGAGAUUGAAAAUAAAAGUUUUCUUGU